AGCACAUUCAGUUGGAUUAAAGACAGGAUUAAAACCAAAGAUAUCUUUAAUCAUAAAAUAUGUCUCACUCAUAAUGCGGAUGCAGUUUUAUUUUGGUAGUCAUUUUUUUGGCGAUCUAUGGAGGACUUUUGUUCAUGUCUAUGUUCAGGAGGAGAGAAGUCACCGCGAAUGUUAAUGUCUUUAAAGGAGACCUUAAAGAUAAUGGAGCAUAUGGGUAUACCUCUAAAGCAGGCUCUCUUGCAGAAGGAAUUAAACUCACAGAUGGGCCUUACAUUGCUGUUAAUUUUACGCCAUCAAUUUCUUCUUAUUUAUUUGGAAGUGAUGGCUCAAAUUUAGUCCCUGCUUCAGAAGCAUUUAAUAUAUCUGCAUAUUAUGAAAAUAUUGACCUGGAUACAUCAGGAGCUGGGAGUUCUAGCACGACUACCUUAAAUUUUGAGACUUGUAAUGAAGAUAAUUUCCCAAACAUAUUUAAACUAGGGGACACCAUUAAUCAUUACAAGUGUCUGAACUUGAAAGGACUCGAGUUACAAGGAGAUAGUCUUAAUAUGAAAAGAAAAGUCAUCAGAUUUCAAGUCGAUAUUAAUGCUAAUAAGAAUGGAAUAGAAAUAGAUGUCAGAGACCAUGAUACCUUGAACAAAUAUAUAUAUGGGGCUCGCCUUAUGCUAAUUAUUGACAACAAAUUCUUUGACUUUAAAAAUAUUGAGGAACCAGUCCAAAACUAUUUUCAAUAUGAGACUUUUGAUAUCCCAGACUCAUUCCACAAAGUAAGAGUUGACUUGAAGGCUAGAAAGAAUACAUUUACUAAAAGGGAUGGGUUCUUUCCUUGGUCAGUCGAAGAAGAAGGAGAGUUUCAUUCGAUUGAAAAGACUUCAGAUACAAUAAUGUCCAAUGUAGCCCCUAUUCCUGCUGAUUGGGAUAUUGAAACUUUAGGAAUACUCUCAGGCACUAUUUCCCUAGACUAUGAGCAGACCUUUUAUGAGAGAAGAGUCACUGAUCUCCUCGAAGUAACUGGCCAACUUGGAGGUAUCUUUGAGCUCUAUGAAAUCAUUGGAGGAUUCAUCAUUGGUUGGAUAUCUUCUAGAGCUCUAAAUAAUGAGAUCUAUGAAAAUCUUGAAAAAGCUGAAAAAGUUUACAAAAGUCAAGUCGCAAUAUUGGAAGAACUUAAAAAGAAAGCACAAGAAGAGCAGAGUAGUAGUGAGCAAGAAUUCAGAGAUAGUAAUAGUGAGGAAGAUAGCAGUCCAGAAGAUGAAAAACAGUGAGAAGGAGGUAAAGAAAGAAUAAACUCUCAAGUCCAAGAAUCUGACAAAUACAAGGAGUAUGAUUGCAUCGAAGUUGGGCUACCUGGGUCUGAAUAUAAAUAGACUUUUAAACUCAUACAAUUAUGCCCUUGAUAGUACAAAUCUAAGUUUUUCGAUUCGAGAGCUUAAAAAUAAAGUGGAUUACUUGCUAUCAAAGGAUAAUGACUACCAAGAAGCUAUGAAAAAAGACCCUCCAAACACCAUCAACAAGCCCUCCCUCCAAAACCCCCUUCUGCACAAAACCCCACCUCUAUUCCCCUCUUCCACCCCUCACUCAUCUUCCUCCCCUCUAAACAUUAUCAGUCAGUACAAGGCUUCGCUCAGACCUCCUCCUAGGUCUCAAUUGAGGAAUGUACAGAACCGAGUUAAGAAGGUUGGGCUAAGGCGUCCUUCUGUUUAUGCAGUGGAGCAAAAUCCCAUUUUUAAAGAAAUAUAAAACUCAAAAACAACACAAGCUCUAAUCCACCCUAUAAAAACCUGAACUAAAACUUUCAAU